CAUGAAAUUAAAUUUCUCCUUUAAUAAAAAGCAUGGUAUAAAAUAAUAAACACGGAAAGGAAGUAACGUUGUGCUCUUUCCUAAUAUUCUACUCUAUCUGAUUUUGACACCGAUGAAAAAAUUUCUACUAAUAACAUCUGCCAUUAUUACUCUGCUAUCAACAGUAGUCUUUGGAAGACCAGGAGAAGAAGAAUAUCUAGCCAAUAAUAAUGAGCACACAUUUAUACAAAUUCUCAGUUGGGAUGAGGCUUAUGAAAAAGCCAGGCCCUUAGUCGAGCAAAUGUCUUUGGAACAGAAAGUCAACAUAACGACUGGCUUGGGAUGGGAAGGUGGACGGUGUGUUGGUAACACCGGGAGUACCAUCAAUCCAGAUUUUCCUGAAUUAUGCUUACAAGACUCACCGCUUGGUAUCAGAUUUGCCGACGGAGUUAGCUCCGGCGUGGCAGGCGUGAACGCAGCUGCCUCUUUUGAUAAAGAAGCUAUCCGUAGACGCGGCGAAUAUAUGGGCGCCGAAUUUCGUGCUAAAGGAAUUCAUGUUCAACUAGGUCCCGGUGUCAACAUGUUGAGAGCGCCUGAAGGUGGUAGACUUUGGGAAGGUUUUGGAGAGGACCCCUAUUUGGCUGGUAUUGCCGCAGCGGAAACUAUUCGCGGUAUUCAAAGCCAAGGAGUUAUGGCUACUGUGAAACAUAUCAUUGGAAACGAACAAGAAAUCAAUCGUGAAAAGUACUCAAGUGAAAUAGAUGAGCGAACAAUCAAUGAAAUUUAUCUAUGGCCAUUUGCAAGAGCAGUCGAAGCAGAUGUAGCUUCAGUUAUGUGUGCAUAUAACCAAGUCAACGGUCAAUACGCUUGUGAAAAUGAUUAUGUUCUAAACCAAUUGUUGAAAACCAAGCUAGGGUUCAGAGGCUUUGUACAGAGUGAUUGGGCAGCGACACACUCGACCGAUCUUAGCGUACUCAAUGGAUUGGAUAUGACAAUGCCAGGCGACAUUACAUUCCAUUCUGGAGAUUCAUACUUUGGAGCCAAUCUGACUAAAGCAGUAAAGGAAGGAAGAAUUGACGAGGAUAGGGUUACUGAUAUGGCAAUGAGGAUAGUAGCUUCUUGGUACAAGGUAAGACAAGAUGAGGGCUUCCCCGAAACCAACAUUGACAGCUUCAGACCAGAAAACGAUAAGCAUAUUAACGUUCAGGGUAACCACCAUAUUGAUAUCAGACAACUAGGCGCAGCAUCGACUGUACUUUUGAAAAAUGAUGAUAAUAUAUUGCCCUUGAGCAUUUCCAGAAAAAGGAAGCUUGCUGUUAUUGGAUCUGAUGCCGGGCCCGCCAAGAAUGUAUUAAACUGCCCCGAUCAUGGUUGCAAUGAUGGAACACUAGCACAAGGCUGGGGCUCUGGUACAGCAGCUUAUCCAUAUUUAAUCACGCCUUAUGAGGGUAUCAAAAGCAAGGUUGGAGACCGUAUGACUGUAACAAAAUACCUUGACCACACGAAUUUGAAAAAAGCAGCUAAAACUGCGUCCGAUGCCGAUAUUGCCAUUGUAUUUGCUAAUUCCAAUUCAGGCGAAGAAUUCAUCGUCGUCGACAAUCAUAGGGGCGAUAGAAAUGAUUUAAAUCUGUGGAAUAAUGGUGAUGAAUUGAUCAAAGCUGUAGCCGAUGCUAAUGAAAACACCAUAGUUGUUAUACAUUCUGUUGGCCCCGUCAAUAUGCCUUGGGUAAGGCAUCCAAAUAUCAAAGCUAUUCUAUGGCCUGGUUUGCCUGGGCAAGAAUCCGGCAACAGUUUGGCUGAUGUAUUAUUUGGUGAUGUUAAUCCAUCAGCAAAACUACCUUAUACGAUCGCUAAAAACCCUAAGCAUUAUCCUGCAACCAUAUCGCUUGGGAAUACCACUGAACACGUUAUUCCUUAUGAGGAAGGGCUAUAUAUUGGCUACCGCUGGUUCGAUAAAAAUGAUAUAGAGCCUCUUUACCCAUUUGGUCAUGGUUUAUCUUACACCAAGUUUCAAUAUUCUCAUGGUCGAGUACAAGUUGUACAAGGUAGAGCAAACAAUAUAACAGUUUAUGCAAACAUCACUAUAAGUAAUGUAGGUCAUUAUGAUGGUGCUGAAGUCGUCCAGCUUUACUUGACAUAUCCCGCUAUUGCCGAAGAGCCUCCUCGAAUACUUCGUGGUUUUGAGAAGGUAUUCAUUCCUCGAGGCUGUGAGGAGACCGUAUCUUUCAAAUUAUCAAAGGAAGAAUUAAGUUACUACGCAGUCAUUGACCAUGAUUGGGUUGUACCAAGAGGCGAUUUUGUUUUACAUGUUGGCUCUAGCAGUCGCGAUAUUAAAUUUUCCAAAAGAUUUACACUAGAUUAAAUUGCAAAUUAUGUAAAUAUGGUUUUUGUGCAGUGUUAAUGACUAGCUUCGACACCCUCAUGAUGAAAAAAUUCAAUUAUAAACCAUCACUCCUCUAGUCACAUUGAAUUAACAAUUGCAUC